AUGUCUCAUCAUGUCCCGGCUCUACUAAAGGGUCAGCGCUCUCGUCCUGCCGCUGAUACCUUAGCCUCCAAUGGCGUCACUGGUCCUCCUGCAGUGGAUCAACAAUUGGGAAGUGACAAUGUUGACAAUGAGGCACGCAAGGACAACAUUUCUAUGGUGACUGAUAAGCUUAACGGUGUCAAUGUCUCCAAGCCUGGCGGAUCCGGACUUUCGGUGGCUAACAAGGCUGCCAUGGAUGAGGAUGGUUACCUGGAUGAGGACUCGGAUGAUGAGAUGCUGAUCGACUUGGACAAGGAGGCUGCGUCCCGGCUGCGUUCGCUUGUCACGCUCCACUGGCUGCAUGCUGAGGACAUGUCUUGCGCUCGUGAGAAGGCGAUGAACCCGCUUGCCAUUGAAGUCAUGAUCCGUGGUGUUUCUGCUGCUGUCGAACUGGAUCUGCUUCAUGAUCGCCUGGCAACUUACAAGUUAAAGAGCAGCCAGAAGUCGGCUUUCCAGCGGUGCACCUGUCUUCAUCGUGUGCUCCACCCAGUUACUGGAGCUGAUACUGACGUGGUGAAGGCGCUGGUGUAUGCUCACUCGGGCUCACCUGCGUCGCUGAAAGCGUCUUCGCUGAUCCUCCCCAUCCUCCGCGACCCAGCCAUUGCUUUUGUCUCCACCGGCAGCAGCAGGGAGGAUUGGAUCUGCACACAGACAGGUUGCGGGAAGGCAAAAGGGAAGAGCUUCAUGUCGGCUGCAGAUCACAUCACUGUUGCCGCUCAUCUGCAGCAGCUGGAGAAGCCCGGAUCAGCCACGAAAGACUCUCUCGACAGGAUGAACCUCACAGUCAUCCGCAAGGAGUACAGACUGUGA